AUGGGUCGACGCAAGAUUGAGAUCCAGAUGGUGACGGAUAGUUGCACGAGGCAAGUGACUUUCUCGAAGCGAAGAACCGGGCUUUUCAAGAAGGCGAACGAGCUAGCGAUCCUGUGCGCCGUCCAGAUUGCGAUCAUCGUCUUUUCCCCUGGCGGCAAACCCUUUUCGUUUGGGCAUCCGAACGUGGAAUCCAUCCUUCAUCGAUUUUUAAAUCAGGAGAAGACUCCGGAUGAGGGCACAAGCAAAGACGCCAAAUCUCGUGACGAAAGCGCGACUGAUGGAAAUCUAAACCAACAACUCCUCGAUCUGCUCAAGCGAUUGAAUGCCGAGGAGAAGCGAGGAGAGAUGCUCGAGAAGAUGGUGAAAGCAAAACGAGCUGCCAAAGGGCAACCUCUUGGAUUGCCUGAACUCGGAGAGUUAAAGGGAUCGUUAGAAGACCUUCGCGAGAAACUGAGAGAUCGGAUGAACGACAUAGAGGGGUGUUCGGCGUUGUUACUUCUCGCAGAAAACCAGCCGAUGAUAUAA